GGCACUUGAAAAACAACACCAACACACACAACAGUAUUUCUCUUCUUCGUAAAGUCCGCCACUUCCCAACGGACCUCCCGAAGCUCCAAACCCAUCAACUCUAUAUUUCUACCUCCUCUCUCAUUCACUCUCUCUAUAUCUCUCUCUCUCUCCUAAACUACACACAGUUGUCAGUUGUCUCUCUCUCUAGAAAAUGCAGUCUGCAAUUUCUCUCUCGCUUUCUUCGCCGUCCCCAAUCGCCCGAUCCGCCGUCACUGAUGCGUCUUCGCCGGCGCCUAGGUCUCUCCGCUUCUGCGGUCUCCGAAGAGAGGCGUUUGAUGUGAAAGCCUCAUUUGAUGCGCCGUCCUUGCGCUUGAAUCGAUUCAAUUUGCAUUCGAAGAGUUCGAAUUCAUGUAAAGUUUUUGCGGCGUUGAAUGGCAAUGGCACCCCGCCUUCCGGUGGUUUUGACUACGAUCUCGUGAUUAUUGGUGCUGGAGUUGGUGGCCAUGGCGCCGCGCUUCAUGCCGUUGAGAAGGGCUUGAAAACUGCAAUCAUAGAAGGAGAUGUAAUUGGAGGAACAUGUGUAAAUAGGGGCUGCGUUCCUUCUAAAGCACUUCUUGCUGUCAGUGGUCGCAUGCGAGAGCUUCAAAACGAACACCAUAUGAAGUCUUUUGGUUUGCAGGUUGCAGCUGCUGGAUAUGACAGACAAGGAGUUGCUGAUCACGCAAACAAUUUGGCCUCAAAGAUUAGAAACAACUUGACCAAUUCAUUAAAAUCUCUCGGUGUGGAUAUAUUGACAGGUGUCGGUACAGUUCUGGGUCCACAGAAGUUGAAAUAUGGAAAAGGAGACAAUAUCAUAACUGCAAAAGACAUAAUAAUUGCUACUGGCUCUGUUCCUUUGGUGCCCAAGGGAAUUGAAGUUGAUGGUAAGACAGUGAUUACCAGUGACCAUGCUCUUAAACUGGAAUCAGUUCCAGAGUGGAUAGCUAUUGUGGGAAGUGGCUACAUUGGGCUUGAGUUCAGUGAUGUCUAUACAGCACUUGGAAGUGAGGUUACAUUCAUUGAAGCUUUAGAUCAACUCAUGCCGGGCUUUGAUCCUGAGAUUGGAAAAUUAGCUCAGAGAGUUCUCAUCAAUCCUCGCAAGAUCGAUUCUUACACCGGUGUAUUUGCUAGCAAGAUCACUCCAGCGAAGGAUGGAAAACCAGUACAAAUAGAGCUCAUUGACGCAAAGACAAAGGAGCCAAAGGAUACUUUGGAGGUAGAUGCAGCACUUAUUGCAACUGGAAGGGCCCCAUUCACUCAAGGACUUGGUUUGGAAAAUAUUAAUGUACAAACACAACGUGGAUUCAUUCCUGUUGAUGAGCGCAUGAGAGUGAUCGAUGCAAAUGGAAAGUUGGUUCCUCAUUUGUAUUGCAUCGGUGAUGCUAAUGGCAAAAUGAUGCUUGCCCAUGCAGCAAGUGCACAAGGAAUCUCUGUUGUUGAGCAAGUCUCCGGGCAGGACCAUGUAUUGAAUCAUUUAAGCAUUCCAGCAGCAUGUUUUACCCAUCCCGAAAUCAGUAUGGUUGGGCUGACUGAGCCUCAAGCAAGAGAAAAAGCUGAGAAGGAAGGAUUUGAAAUAAGCAUUGCCAAGACAAGUUUCAAAGCAAACACAAAAGCCCUUGCUGAAAAUGAAGGCGAAGGACUAGCCAAGUUGAUCUACAGACCUGAUACUGGCGAGAUACUUGGGGUUCAUAUUUUUGGAAUGCAUGCAGCAGAUCUCAUACACGAAGCAUCUAAUGCCAUAGCCAUGGGAACACGUUUACAGGAAUUAAAAUUUGCUGUGCAUGCUCACCCAACCUUGUCCGAAGUGCUGGACGAGCUCUUUAAAUCAGCAAAGGUUAAAGUCGGCGCGUCUAAUAAAGUUGCUGAGCCAGUUCCAGUCUAGACUUCCUCGACUGCAAUAAAUUUAUUUAUGUAUGUUGUUUCUAAGCUUCGGAUUUGUGGAGGGGAAAUGCUAAACUGACUCGGUCUCUCGUGUAGUAUUAUCGUUGGUCUCAAUUUACUGAUUUUUACUCCACAACUUUGCUUAAAAAAAUGGCGAAAUUUCUAUUGUUUGGACUUGUGUUGUGGUGCUUUAGGAAUCCAAUUUUGUCAAUUACAUCCAUCAGUUUGUUGUAUUAAUUUGUCGAAUUUGAAAUUAAAGAUCGUUUUGUUGUUUCACUGUCGACGAUUAUA